AAUUAACGAACAAAAACAAAAGCGGGACAGAGAACAGAAGCUUUAUUCAUGCCUUCCAGCAAUAAUUCGUCGAACGGCGCGUCAUCAUCGUCGCCAAUCGCUUCAAAAUACUCAUCUGGUCGGAUGCGGCGGAUGUCAUGUUGUCAGUUAGUCAUUUCUGCCGUAUUAAUCGGACUUGGCUCCUUUUUGCUCUUCGGAAGUCUUAUCACACAUACCGUAGUGGUGCCGAAAGUGGUUAAAAGCAGUAUUGAAGAGAACUCCCGCCUCGUGAAUGGAUCAAUAAUGUGGGAAAAGUGGGCAAUGCCGGAAUAUAAGAUUCGUUUCAACAUGUACGUCUACUCGACCAAAAACCCCGACGAAUUCAUGAACGGAGCAAUUCCCGAGGUGACGGGCUCCGGUCCAUAUGUUUUUGACAAGAAAAUGGAGAAUCGAGUUGUGUCGGCCGAAAAUGGAACUGUCAAGUAUCGACGGUUUUUCACUUAUAAUUUCAAUGAACAGGAAUCGUGUCAGACGUGUAUUCUCGGAAAUCGCAUUUGGGUGCCAAAUAUGAUUUAUCAGAAAUUCGUAGAAGCAGCCUCAACAGAAGGAAUGAAAGCCGCAGCGACAACUCUUCUCUCCCAAACCGCCUUUCUUGAAGUCGAAGUCGAGGAGCUUCUUUUCGAAGGCUACAAGGAUCCAUUUCUCGACAAGGUGUGCGAGAUCCCUUUCAUGAAUUUCGUGUGCGAAGCGAUUUUGGAUGUUCCCGAACGCAUCGGGCUCUUCUUUAAGGCUAAUGGCACCGGGAGCAAGGUCUACGAGAUUGACGAUGGUACCCGUAACCCGGAUGAUCUCGGAAAGAUCCUAAGCUAUGAUGAAUCUCCGAUCCUUGAUGAGACUUGGUGGAGUACCGACGAAUCGUUAAAGAUUAAAGGGACAGAUGGUUCCUUGUUCCAUCCAUUCCUCUCGAAGCAUGAGAAGCUUUAUGUCUACGUGGCAGAACUUUGCCGUUCGAUUUGGCUGGAAUUCAAGGAGGAGGUGGAGUACCGAGGCUUGAAGGCCUAUCGAUUCGUGGUACCGCCCGAGGUGUUCGAUGUGACACAUCCUGGAAACCAAGGAUUCUGUAAUCCGUCAGAAAAGCAGUUUUAUGAGUCACAAAAUGACAGCUCAAAUUGCAUGCCGAAAGGACUUUUAGAGAUAUCAAAAUGUCAACAAAGUCAGCCGCCGAUCACGAUUUCGCUGCCGAAUUUCCUUUUUGCACCGUCUGAAGUUCGUGGAAGUGUCAAAGGACUUAAUGAGACUGAUGAGAUUCGCGACUCUAUUGUUGUCGAUAUUGAGCCGAGAGUUGGAGCAGUUCUCUACGCUCGUCGUGUUUCCCAAGUAAAUAUUGAAAUGUGGAAGGGAAAGAAUCUCACAUUCCCAGUAAACUUGAAAAAGAUGAAAUCCGCGUUGAUUCCUGUGCUGAUACUUCACGAGACAUCUGAAAUCGACGAUGAUUCACUGGAACAGAUACGAUCACAACUCUACGAAACUGAGUCAAUUGCCUAUACAUCGUGUGAUGUUAUGAUGAUCAUUGGAGCAAUUAUGCUGCUUCUCGGAUUCCUAUUUCUCUCGUUUUCGCUCGGACUCUGUGACCCGAUUCUCGGACGGCGGUCAAAACGGGCAAAUGGAUUGUCACCGGAACCUCUUCCUCCGUAUGUUCCGAAGGGAGAACCCAACGGAUACCACCAUAAUCAUGCCUACAUGUGAUAUAGCUAAUUAGAUCCUUGAAUUUUUGAAAAUUGCAGAAAAAUCGAUAAUUUGAGUUGAUUUUGAAAAUUUUUGCAGUUUUAACAAAUUAAAAAAGUAGAGAGUUAUAUAUAUUUUUUGAUUUCCCUAAAAAAUUCGAUUUUAAAAUUUUUCUUUAAAAAAAUUUAUACAAAUAGAUUAAAGAACUGGUUUAUUUGGAAAAAACUUUUCGAAUUUUGAAAAAAAUCCAAUUUUCAAACCUUCAUCGGUUUUUUUCUCAAAUUUUCAACUUUUCCCUCUAAAAAUAAUAUUUUCAGUCUCUGUUAAUUUUGUGAAUAUAGCUUUACUUGUUUUUCUUCCCAUUUUCAUCACUCACACCAUUUCCCCCGAAUCCCCGUUUUUCCCCACCAGCUCCUCACUUUGAUUUGUUCAAUUUAUUAUGCACACGGGUCCCCAAAAUCCCCCUAAAAUUAUUCCGAGAUAUUCUUGUACCAUUUGACAUGUAAAUAUAUAUAUAUAUAUACUCCAUUUUAUUUUCCUACUGAAAAUUUGAAAAUUUCCAGAUUUUUAUAGAAUUUCUAUACAUAGUUGUCUUGCACCAUAAAAUGAAGCGAUCUUGUUUAUAACUUUAAAAAUUAUUUUUUU